GCCGCAAUAGACUUCUGCGCUGAGAACGGAUGGUUGACCUCCACCCUACAUGCCAUUCUUCUGACCCAGAUGAUCUCUCAGGCCCUUUGGUUGGAGGACAGUUCGCUUCUCCAAUUACCCAAGAUCAACUCCAGCCAUCUGGCAGCCUUUGUGUA